CUGACUCAGAGCCACAGAAGAAAGAAAGUUUUCGGCUGUGCUGGCUGUGUUUUUAUUGUGCUGCGCGUCUCGAUUUGCUGCCGCUUCUUAACAACAAGAAGAAGCACAAGACCAACAACUAGUGGAAGAAGAAGAAGCAAGAGCAAUAUCAAACGGAUUUUUGCAAUUUUCUUGAGUGAGUCGCUUUGCGCAGUGAAGCGUCUUCGGUCGCGUUGUUGUUGUUGUCGCCGCGUUGUUUAAUUGGCCAACAACAAUCAUAACUACAGCAGCAGCCAGCAAGCAUAGAAAAAUCAAGUGUCUGUGUGAUUGUGAAAGUUCCUCCUGCCCGUUAACAAAAACAAUAAAAUAAGAUGUAUAUGAAACGAGCGCUCUUUGUGCUCGCGCUGCUUUGCGCCCAACCCUACGGCCACCUGGCCGAGGAGGAAUCUAACCCACUGCUCGACAUGGCCUCCAUGUUCAUACAGGAAGCACUGACAAAUCAGAAUGGUGGCGGCGCAGCUGGUGGCGGAGGAGGAGGAGGAGCUGGCGCUGGAUUGGCGGGCAUUGCAUCGCUUGUGGGCAGCUUUAUGCAGGCUAACGGCAAAGGCGGUGGUGGAGGCGGCGGUGGCGCCAUGCAAAUCCUCUCCGGUCUGGGCAGCUUGCUGGCCAGCAAUGCACGUGGCGGCAAUGGUGGAGGCGGCGGCGGUGGCUUUGAUCCCGCCAUCAUCGGCAAUGUCCUGGAAAUGUUCACACAAAGCGAUGAUGAGGAUGCGGGAACCCAACAGAAACGCAGUAACUCAGCUGGCGGUGGCUCCGAGUCUGGCAUUGGUCUAGACACCAUUCUGCAGGUGGCCUCGGCUUUUAUGAACACCCAAGGAGGAGCUGGUACCGAGAAGAAGGCCGCACAUCAUGACCAGAAGCGUUCGCUGCCCGAAGAACCCGAACAGGAGAAUGGUUUCAUGAGUCUGCUGCCUUUGAUCAUGCAGGCGGUGAGCUCGUUCGCUGGCCCCGAGGGACAGAGCACACAGGAGCGUCACAAGAGUCAUGCCUGGGUGUUGCCCCCAUUCCUGGAGCAUGCCCAUGUGCUGUGGGAUCACUUCUCCAACUCGGAACUCGCCGAUGCGCUGUACGAGAAGUCAGGCGUCAACAAGAUCAUGAAGGGCUUCAAGGGACGCGAUGGCAAACUGGACUAUGACAAGCUCUUUGAGUCGCUGAACAAUCAAUCCUUCCGUCGCCGCUGGAUCAAGUCAGCUACGUUGUACUUGGCUGAUUGGGCCAGCUAUUUGGCCAAUCCCGAGAACUAUCUGAGAUAUUUCCAGACGGCACAAAUCAUGUUUAACGGCCUGUUAAAGUCUCAAGGUUAUCCCAAGCAAACCUAUUUCGAUCCGACGCGCCCCAGUGAGACUAUAUCGAAUCUCUUGAACCACGUGGCCAAGCAUCAUUUGAAUGUGAAAAUCGAUUCGCGUCAAUAUGUGAAGCCAGCCGUUGGCUAUGCCAAGGAGCUGCUUAAAUUGGGCCAAGCACGUGGCCUGCUGCAGUUCAAUGCCACCGAGAUUAGCGAUCGAUUAACGGAUACACUCAAUCUGGAGGUUAUUGAACCGGUGCUAAAAGUACAUCGCGCCUAUAGAUACAUCUCCAAGUCGCCGCAAUGUGAUCGCUAUGUUCUCUGCCAGCUAAAUGCAGCCGCUCUUGACCAACAAGAACAACAACAACAGAAGCAGCAGCAGCAGCAAAAGCAAUCGAAGCAAGCUUCUUCGACUUCAGCUGGCGCUCUCAUUGCCGGCGUUAGUCCGAAAAUUGUGAAGAUCGGGAGCAUGGGUGCAGCGAUCUUCAUUAGCACAGAAACCGGUACACCAUUCUGGACGCUAUUUGGUGUAAUCAAUGCGCCAUAUAAUUGCGAGGCCAAAUAUCCAGUGGACUGCAAUGGAUUCCAUGAGGGUGAAGCCAAGGUGACCACAGAAUACGUACACAACGAGUUGUAGUUUACGAUAUACGAUGCUAAUAACAACCGACUGUUUAAGACGAGUGCUCAUUAAGACGAAUUAGCUGUAAUCGAGAUCAAGAUUUCAAGUGUACAUAGUAUUACGAAUUGCAAUAAAUCUUAAUUUAAUUGGUAAUUUAA